CUUUUCAUGAUUUUCAAUGCUCUCCGGCCCUCCUCUGAAGCUCCACCUGGUCAUGUACUGUACAUGUACUGUAAUAUGUCAUGUGGAGUCAGUGCUUCAAACCCAACUGUUGCUUGUUUACAUGGAAAGUCCAGCAGGCAGACAAGUGGAAUGUGCUCUUUCACCGCUUUACUGUUGUUCCACUCAAACCCUGCAGUGGGAUCAACUGAUUAAAACAUCAGCUUUGUGCCUUUCAGCAGGAAAACAAAACGCUGUGUUGGCAGUCAGGACAAGUUAGACUGGGGCCAGCCGGAGGGGAGGGUCUAUAAAAGAAACAAGCAAAAGAAACACUCAGAAGACGCAAGAAAAGCCCAAGAACAAAACAUCCAAAGAUGAAUUAUCUUGGCCUGCUCUCCAGCUUGCUCUUCUUGUCCAAUCUUGAUGCCUUCCACUACAGCAAACUAGCACAAUACGUGGACAGCCAUCAAGAAGAGUAUGUAGAGGUUCUGCGGGAGUGGGUUGCCGUGGAAAGUGACUCCAGCAACAUCUUAAAGAGAUCACAUGUGCACCACAUGAUGGACGUGACGGCUCAGAAACUGAGGCAACUGGGAGGAACCGUCCAGUUAAUCAACAUUGGCAAUCAAGAGUUGCCUGACGGCCAGACCAUAACAUUGCCUAAAGUGGUGACCGCUCAAUUUGGGAACGACGUUAACAAGAGCACAGUGUGCAUCUAUGGUCACACGGAUGUCCAACCAGCAAAGCCUGAGGACGGCUGGGCAACCGAUCCGUAUAACCUGACUGAAGUCGAUGGAAACCUGUAUGGCAGAGGAGCAUCAGACAACAAAGCUCCAGUUUUAGCCUGGAUCCAUGCUGUGGAGGCUUACAAGAUGCUUGAUAUGGAGUUACCAGUAAAUGUGAAGUUUGUCAUUGAGGGCAUGGAGGAAACAGGCUCCAAUGGUUUGGAUUCCAUGAUCCUGGCUCACAGAGACACGUUCUUCUCUGAUGUGGAUUACAUCAUCAUUUCAGACUGCGGCUGGCUCAGCAGAAAGCCGGCUUUGACCUAUGGUACUCGAGGAAAUUGCUAUUUCUUUGCUGAGGUUCAAGGCCCCAAGCAAGACUUACACUCCGGUGUUUAUGGAGGCACCGUCAUAGAACCAAUGACCGACAUUGUUGGCCUUCUUGACACACUCAUUAGUCCGAGUGGUAAGAUCUUGGUUCCUGGGAUCAGAGAGGCUGUCGCUCCUCUCACUGAUGAUGAAUGGAAAAUGUACCAGGAUAUUGAGUUUGAUCUAGAUCACUACAAGAGCAAGAUUGGCGUGGAUCAACUUAUGUACAGUAACAAGGUGGACUUGCUGGCUCACAGGUGGCGCUAUCCGACUGUCUCCAUCCAUGGCAUUGAGGGAGCGUUCUCUGACCCUGGCACUAAAACUGUGAUCCCUGCCAAGGUUACUGCCAAAUUCUCCAUUAGGCAAGUUCCCAAUAUGGAACCUGCUACGGUGGAAAAACAGGUGAGAGACUACCUGCACUCAGGUUUUGCUAAGAGGAAGAGUCCAAACACACUAAAAGUCACGAUGGUGAUUGGAGCAAAGCCUUGGUUAGCUGAUAUCCAAGAUCCUCUUUAUGAGGCUGGCAAAGCUGCUGUCAAGCGAGUUUUCAAUAGUGAACCUGAUAUGAUCCGUGAGGGUGGGACCAUCCCUAUUGCCAAAACCUUCCAAGACGUGACUGGAAAAAGCAUUAUUAUGAUUCCUAUUGGAGGCUUUGAUGAUGGGCUGCAUUCCCAAAAUGAGAAAAUAAGCAGAUACAACUACAUUGAAGGGACCAAGUUAUUUAUUGCGUACCUGCAUGAAGUUGCACAGAUUAAGAAGGACACAGUGUGAGAUAUUUUCUCUUCUCGCGUAUUUGUACAAUCCAUUCUUAUUUCAUGGUCAUGACAUUUUCCAUUGAUGUAGCAUGAAUGAAAUACACGCAUACUGUAAUAUAAUCACAUCCUGUUUCGUGUGAAUAUGAUGAAUCAGCAUUUACGACAAAGGGAGUCUGGUCCCAAUUGACUACUGUAUUUUUCUUUCUUUCUAAUGUGUACUUUAUAUUUACUUUCUUGUCUCAUAACUCAUAAUAACAUGAAUAAAUACCCUUAGUUUGUGUCCAA